AUGGAAUGGUUGAGAUUAAAAAGGAUUGAUAAAUUGGAUAGCUUUAUAGGAUGUCAAAAUCUUGAUAGGUUAGAUGAAUAUGUAAGGAUAAUUAAAAAGCUUAAGAAAAUUCAUGAUGAAUUAAAUGAAUCGCAUUUGAUUGAACUGAAUAAUUAUUUAGAAGCAAGGAAAUUGGAUGAGCCAACCAAACUAUUAUUUAAUGACAUGAAAAAAAAAUUAUAUAAACUUGAAAAAGUUAGAGAAGAUAUUGGUCAAAUAUUGAUUACUGAAGAUAAUGAUUUUAGUAAAAUAAGGGUGAAGCAGCUUAAAAAUGUUUCAGAUAAACUCAAUAAUAGAGAUAAUUGUUUUGGAAUUGAGAAAGAUAUCAAUGCUCAGAAAGAUUAUCCUAAUGAUCCAUUAAUAAAUGAAUACUUGAAAAAAGAAACUCAGAGUGGGAAACAAGUCAUAGAACAUCUUAAAAAUAAUGCAGGAAGAAAGGGCAAAGAUGGAGCAUUAACCAGACAUGUGGGAGAUUGUCUUAAUGAUCUGAUUAAUAAAUUAGAACUAAAGAUUGGAGGAUGCUUUAUUUAA